GUAUCGACUGGUAUCUUCUUUGUGCAAGGAACCAGCUUGCAACAGAAUCAGCUGGCCAGGGUAUCCAGCCAAACCCGGCGAAUAAUCUGAAAUCUGGGUCAGUCUGUUGAAAGAAAAUGUGCUAGAUGAAAGAAAUAGUGUUGAGGAAGAUAACAUUUAGUCAAACAGGAAAGUGAGGGGAAGAGGAGAGACAGUAGAAAUAUGCCAAGAACAAGAAAUGGUAAAAAGGGUGUUGUUAAAAGGAAAGAAGUUGAGGAGGAACAUCUUAAAAUCUUCAAAAAGACAGUACCAUGUGGGAGAUACAAGACUACAAACUUAGGUAUUUUUGAAGACCUAGAGAAGACCGAGAAACGUCUACAGUACAUACAUGCUAGAAAUGAGAGACGUCUCUGCUCAGAUGAAGAUAAUCAACCCGAGAACUCAACAAACAAGAUAGCAGAAUUAAAACAAGAGAAACAACAAAUGAAAGAAGAAAUAGCAUUGUUGAAAUUAAAGAUUGAUGUUUUGUUAAAUACGUUGGCCCAGGCUACGGCUGUCACGAAUUACCAAAAUGAUGAGCUGAAAAGACUCAGAGCUCAAAUUGGAAACACAUAGAAAGACCACAGAAUAAAGACCUAUAGAUCUGAUUGUUUGGUUAUAGUUCAUGGAUGAACUGUUUGGAUGAUUCUGUUCAAAUAUAAUUGUAUUUUAUCUUAAAUUUUUUUAGAAAUUUAA